AUGUCCGACUCAUUCAUGCAUUUGGUGCGUCCUAACGUGUCAGCCCCCGCUGCUGGCUCUGCUAACGGCCCAGCCAACAUCAAAAUACACGCGCCAGCCCUUUUCCAGAUAUUAGAAAUCAUUCCAAAGCAAGCACUUGACUCCAACAAAAGAAUCAUUGGUACGUUGUUGGGUAUAAGAUCGGAGGACGGAUUGGAGUUCGAGAUCCGUGACGCGUUCAUGGUCCCCUGUGACGAGACGGGAGACUCCAUAUCCAUUGAAGACCAAACCCAUAAGUCAUUAUACCAAUUGUACAAGAAGGCCCACCCCAAGGAGUCUGUGUUGGGAUGGUUCGGCAGCUCGGACGUGUUGGACGGCACCACCCUGUUGAUCCACGACUUCUACUCCAAGGGCAGCGACCGUGCGUUCCCCCACCCUGCCAUCUACCUCAACGUCGACUACUUGACCAAGAACAACGAAAUAACCGCCCCCAAGUUCAACACAUACAUCGGAGCCGCGGUCGGAAAGGGUCCCUCGGGGGUGCAGGUGGGCUGGAAGGCCCCCAACACCACCAACUCGUACAUUUUCACCCCGAUCCCCAACCAAGUUAUAAACAGCACCGUCACCGAAAAGAUCUCCUUCAACAUGUUGAAGAACCAAUCCAUAAAUAAGAACGCCAUAACCUUGUCUUCCGACAUGUCGUACUUGUCGGACCAGUUGGACGCCGUGACUGCCAACAUCGACAACUUGUUACAAUACAUCGACGCCAACGCUGGCUCUUCUGACAAGGACCUCGACUUGUUGCGUUUGUUAAGCAACAACUUGUUGAGCAAGCCCCAAAUCUUGACCGACUUGGACAAGUUGGAGACCCACUUCCGUGACCACAACCAGGACGUGAUUAUGAUCGAGUACUUGACCAAGGCUGUCAAGGAACAGAUCGAGUUGAGCGCUCGUUUGACUGCCAGUGCUGAGGCCGACAAGAAGUACUAG